GCGCGCGGCGGGCGGCGGGCGCCGCGGCGCCGCCCUCACGUGACCGCGCCGGGCCAAUCGGCGCGCGGGGGGGCGUGGCCGGGCGCGCUGUCAUGGCGGACGGGGAGCGCUCGCCGCUGCUGCCGCCCGAGGCGGGGCCGGGCCCGGGCGGGGCCGGCGGCGCGGGCGAGGCCCCGCCCCCUUACUCGCCAUUGGGCAGCCCCGAGGCGGCGGGGGCGGGGCCUCCGGCGGUCACGUGCCGCGUGUGCCAGCGGCCAAUCAGCGUCGAGGGGAAGGCGCACCAGCACGUGGUCAAGUGCGGGGGGUGUGGCGAGGCCACGCCAAUCAGGACGGCCCCCGGCGGGAAGAAGUACGUGCGGUGCCCCUGUAACUGCCUGCUGGUGUGCCGCGCCUCGGCCCAGCGCAUCGCCUGCCCCCGCCCCUACUGUAAGCGAAUCAUCAACCUGGGCCCGGUGCAGACGGGCGCGCCCAGCCCCGACCCCGCCCCCGGGGGCGUGCGCGUGGCCUGCGCCCACUGCGGGGGGCCCUUCCUGUGGGCGGAGCUCCCCGAGCGCUCGCUGGCGCGCUGCCCGCACUGCCGCAAGGUGUCCGCCAUUGGCCGGCGCUUCCCGCGGCGACGCUGCCUCUGCUGCCUAUUGGCCGGGCUGGUGAUGGGCGGGGCCGCGGCCGGGCUGGCGGCCGGCACGUGGUGGCUGUGGCGCCGCGCCCGCUGGGCGCCGGCGGCGUGGGCGGCGCUGGGGGCGGGCGCGGGGGCGUGUCUGCUCCGCGCCGCCUACUGGGGGCGGGUCCGCGUCAGCCAGCCCCUCCCACCGCGCGCCUGACCCCGCCCCCGCGCCGGGCACGCCCCCUUUCCCCCCGAGGGACACGCCCCCGCCGCCGCGGGACACGCCCCCGCCUCGUGGGACAUGCCCCCGUCUCGUGGGACACGCCCCCUUUGUAAUAGGAGGCGCCGGUGGGCGUGGCCUGCCCGCGGUGACCUCACCAAGCCACGCCCCUUCGGUAUUUAAUGAUUUAUCCCCUCCUGGCCCCGCCCCUCUGUCGUUUUCUGCAUGGCCCCGCCCCCUCCCGCAUGGCCCCGCCCCCCCGGUGUAGAUAAGCCCCGCCCCCCCCGGUGUACAGCGGUAUUUAUUGUAAAUAAACCCCAAAUCGGCGCUUUUCACCCCAAAAUUCCCGUUUAUUCGCGCGGGGGGGGAGGGGCUUCCCUGAGGGGGCGGGGCCUGAGGGGGCGGGGCCGGGCAGCACCUGAGAGGCCCAAAUUUGGGCGGUUUUGGGGAAAUUUGGGGUAAAAAUGAAGGUAGGGUGACCUUGUGGAGCUGGUGACGUCAUCAAGACCCCAAAUUUGGGGGAAUUUGGGAAAAUUUGGGGUAAAAACAAGGGUGGAGCACCAUCUUGAGGAUGAUGACGUCAUCCAGACCCAAAUCUGGGAAAUUUUGGGGGAAUUUGGGGUAAAAAACGAAGGCAGGGCGCCAUUGUGGAGCUUAUGACGUCAUCAAGACCCAAAUUUGGGCGAUUUUGGGGGAAUUUGGGUAAAAACGAGGGCGGGGCGCCAUCUUGGGGCUGAUGACGUCAUCAGCCCCCGAACCGGGGCGGUUUCAGGUCGGUUUUGGGUCAAUUCCAGGCGAUUUUGGGUCAGUUUGGGGCAAUUUGGGAUAUUUUGGGUCAAUUUUGGGACAUUUUGGGUCAGCACCUGAUUAAAACCAGACGGCGCCAUCUUGGCUUUGAUGACGUCAUCACCGCCAGACUCCGAGCGAUUUUUGAGCCAAUUUCAGCCGAUUUUUGGGGCGAUUUUAAGACGAUUUUGACCCAACCCCAACUCAGUCAAACGCUGGCUCGUUCCAAAGCGAUUUUGGGCUAAAUUGAGGCAAAAUUGGGUCAAAACAAAUCCAAUUAAAAGCGUUUAGCUUCGAGUGAUUCUGAGUGGAUUUGAGCCGAUUUUGGACCAAAUUGGGCCAAUUUUGGGCCAAAACCCAUCCAACUAAAAAGGGAUGGUGCCAAAAAUUUUGAGUGGAUUUAACCCAAUUUUGGGGAUUUGUUCCAAACCCGUUCUGGGCCAAAACGCGCCCAAUCGAGAGCGUCUAACUUGGAGUGGUUUUGAGUGAAUUUCAGCCAAUUUUGGGCCAAAUUGAGCCAAAACUGGGUCAAAACCCGUCCAAUUAAAGGCGGCCAGCACCAUCAAUCUUCACCUUCAAUUCUGAGUGAAUUUAAGACAAUUUUGAGCGAAUUUGAGCCAAUUUUGGGUCAAAACCCAUCCAAUUGAAAGCGGUUAAUGCCAUAAACUCAAACUUUGAUUUCGAGCGAAUUUCAGCCAAUUUUGAGCGAAUUGGAGCAAAUUUUGGGCAAAAUUGAACCAAUUUUGGGUCAAAACCCAUCCAAUUAAAAGCGGUUAACGUCAUGAACUCGAACUUCGAUUUUGAGUGAAUUUCAGCCAAUUUUGAGUGAAUUUGAACCAAUUUUGAGCGAAUUGGAGCAAAUUUUGGGCGAAAUUGAGCCAAUUUUGGGCCAAAACCCAUCCAAUUAAAAGCCGUUAAUGCCAUGAACUCGAACUUACAUUCUGAGCGAAUUUCAGCCAAUUUUGAUCCAAAUUGGGCCCAUUUUGGACCAAAACCCAUCCAAUUAAAGGCCAUCAAUACCGUGGAAGUCGAAUUUGGAUUCUGAGCAAAUUUCAGCCAAUUUUGGUCCAAAUUAGGCCCAAUUUUGGGCCAAAAUCCAUCCAGUUAAAAGCGGUAACACCAUCAAACUCAAACUUCAGUUUCGAGCACAUUUAAACCAAUUUUGAGUAAAUUUAGGCCAAUUUUGAUCAAAUUUGAGCCAAUUUUGGGCCAGCACAUGUUGAAUUAAAACCGAACAACACCAUCAAUCUCCAACUUCGAUUCUAAGCAAAUUUCAGCCAAUUUUGAGCAAAUUUGAGCCAAUUUUGGGCCGAAACACAUCCAAUUAAAAGCGGUCAACACCAUCAAUUUCGGACUUCGAUUCUGAGUGAAUUUGAGCCAAUUUUGGGCCAAAUUGAGCCAAAACUGGGUCAAAACCCGUCCAAUUAAAAGAGACCAACACCAUCAAUCUCCACCUUCAAUUCUGAGUGAAUUUAAGACAAUUUUGAGCGAAUUUGAGCAAAUUUUGGGCAAAAUUGAACGAAUUUUGGGCCAAAACGCGUUGAAUUAAAAGCGGUUAAUACAAUAAAACUCAAACUUCGAUUUCGAGUGAAUUUAGGCCGAUUUUGACCAAAUUUGAGCCGAUUUUGUCCUGAAACCCAUCCAAUUAAAAACGGUUAACACCAUCGAACUUGAACUUUGAUUCUAAGUGAAUUUAAGCCAAUUUUGAGUGAAUUCAAGACAAUUUCGGGCCAAAACACGUCAAAUUAAAACCGAACAACACCAUCAAUCUCCAACUUUGAUUUCAAGCAAAUUUGAGCAUAUUUUAAGCAAAUUUGAGCCAAU